GAUUCUUCUAGACAUAUUGGUCAACAACAUGGGUCAAAGGAAUAUGGUGUACGCAAAUCAGAUUAUUGACUUGGAAAUGGAUCAACAAGGCAAUGGACAUCUUCAUCCUGAACCUGGUGUUCUUUAUGGGAGCAUAGCAAAUGUUCUUCCUCCAAAUAUUCACAUGGUGUUACCAGCUCCAGCAAAUACAAUUAAUUGGGAUGUCCAUCGUCUACCAGCGCAUCGUGACAGUGCUUUGUUUUAUGGAAUGCCGCAGUACAAUAAUGUUCAGCAUCAUCAACCUGCCGCCAAUCUUGACUUAGCUGUUGCCACGGCAUCCAAUCACUAUGCACCACACAUGGAUCCUCCGUCUGGCACCAGAGUUUUCCCUAUUCCGCUAAAUCAUGGGUCACAUGAUCAGUUUCCAUUUUCAAGCAAUCAUGGAAUCAUUGGAGUCUCUGCAGACAGCUAUGGAAGGAAUAGUCACUUUGUGGAUGGUCUCAGAGGUUCCUUUAAGAGAAAGAAUGCUGAAGGCAUCCCUGGGAAUUUUCAGUUUCGUAAUGCUUCAGCAGGCUCUAGUUCUGCAGUUGCCCCAAUGAAUGCAAGGCCUCUUGAAUCUGAUGUUACCUUGAUGGAUGCAGCAUCUUUUGCACUCCCGGAGUACGGAGAGAAUGACAUGUCAUCGGCCAUAGAAGUUGGAUCCCACAGAAGUUUGAGAAAUAGAUCUGUUGCUACUGGUCUUGAUUCUGUGAUGGCACAUACUACUAACCACAUUAUUCAAGGAAACUAUCAGGGUCAACCGUUUCAGACUGCACACACUCCUUGGGUGGACCCACAGUUUGGCCGUAAUGGAGGUGAUAGUGGAACUUUUACCUGGAGUCAGGCACCUACUUUACCCUAUUUGCAUGGUUGUAUGGAGGCUGGCAACAUGAAUGUACAUGGAUAUCAAGUCACAGCUAGCCAUAGAAGUUCCACACGUUUUCUGCAUCCUCCUCCCAUCCCCCAAGGGCACCGCAAUCUUCAUCAUUUACCCCCACCUAUGCAUAGGUUGAGAGGCCACAACAUUGACUCCAAUUCUCAGGUGGCAACAUCCUCACGCAGACUUUCAACAAUUACCACCUCACACACCAGUGUGAAUCCUUUCCAGGAUGGUGUAGAGGCAGGACCUGGAAUUGUUGGAUCUGUUCCACCAACUGGCUUUAGGAUAUACCAGCCUCAUCGAAUGGAAGCCAUGCCCGAGGCAAAUUCAAGGCUGCGUAUCCAUCCUCACUUGAGAAUUCUGCCUGAAGAUGGUGUUGCCAUGCUAGAAAUUCCAGGCUAUUAUGAAGUAGGGGAUUUCAUUGAUCAUCACAGAGAUAUGCGUUUGGAUAUAGACCACAUGUCUUAUGAGGAGCUUCUUGCAUUGGGAGAACGAAUUGGCACUGUAGGUACUGGGCUAGUGGAGGAAACAAUUACUAGUUAUCUGAAGACAAGAACAUUCAGUUCAUCCAAAACUUGUUCCAAACAAGAACAGGCAGCACAUGGGGAUCAGGAAAUUGAUUUUUGCGUGAUUUGUCAGGCCAACUUUAUGGAUCGAGAAAGAAUUGGAACUCUGGAUUGUGGGCAUGAGUAUCAUUUAGAUUGCAUUAAAAGGUGGCUGCAUGUGAAGAAUACCUGCCCCAUCUGCAAAUCCUCAGCAGUGACGACAGAAAGGAAGCAUUAGUGAAAGGCGUGACAAUGUGAAGUUCAAUCCAAAUAACUUCCCCCGUGUUUCGUUUCUUAUUAUUCUUAUUUAAGAGGGGAUUUUUUUUGUGGAUUUUAUGUAUGUAUAUACUUGCACAGAUAUAAUUAACUGUCUAUAUUUCUCCAUGCACAUUCAUUUGUUGGCCUCCUGCCUAUCUUUUAAGCUGUACAGACUUUCUUAUUUGCUUCUCUGUCAUCAGGAUUGCUGUAUUAACUUCUAGUUUAUACAGUGAAUGUUGAAUAUAACACUAUUUA